AUCAAGAAAAGUAUUUUCUUCAUAUUUUUCUCUCCUGCUUAUUUCCUCACAUGGUAUCAGAGCACAGUGGGCUCUUUUAUUUCUUUAAGAUUUUGUGUUUUUAAUUCUCUACAUCAGCAGCGUUUCGUGCCAACCACCAUCACUUGUUUCAAUCACAUUCUCAGACCAACACCGUUUCCAGUGGUGUUUGUUCGAUCGUGUUCUACUUGUUCCGAUCGUGUUCCUCUUUGCAAAAUUAGUUUCAGAUUUUACUGAUGUGAUUGCUACUGUUUCUCCUACGGGUUCCUCUAAUCUUUCACCCAUAUUUGGCUGUCGUAAUUGCUGUUGUGUGUCUGAAAUUCUCGUUGUGAUUGUUGCUGUUUCUCCUGCAUUAUUUUCUAUGAGUUUUCUCUAAUCUUUCACAGAGAUUUUUCGGAGUUGCAUAUCGACCAUAUAUCAGCCGAAAUUUUUUCUGUACAAAGAUUUUUCGCUCCCAUCUUUUCUGAUGUUCCACUUCGACUCAGUGUUCUGCUUGGUUAGAUUUUCUUUUCUUACAGCAUAUCCUUUUUUUUAUUUAAUUAUGGAGAAAUCUAAUAUUUCGCAACCAAUUUCAACCAUUCUCAAUGGUUCAAAUUAUGUACUGUGGGCUCAAAGUAUGCGUAGUUUCUUGAAAGGUCAAAAAUUAUGGCGGUAUAUUACUGGUGACAUUACACUUCCACAGAAAAUUACUGAUGAGAUAGAUAAGAAGUAUGUUGACCGUCUGGAGGAUUGGGAUAGCAAAAAUCAUCAGAUCAUCACUUGGUAUCAUCAUAUCAUCACUUGGUUUCGUAACACCUCAAUUCCCUCCAUUCACCUUCAGUUUGGACGGUAUGAAACAGCUAAGGAAGUGUGGGAUUUGCUUGCAGCCAGGUAUACCACCUCUAAUUUAUCCAGUCAAUAUCAAUUGUGGGAAGAGUUACACAAUUUGAAACAAGAACAUGGAAAGUCCAUUAUUAGUUUUUAUGCUAAGAUGGAGGCUAUUUGGGAUCAGCUUGCUCUCUCAGAACCAACCUUCAAUAACACUGUUGAUAUUAGGAAGUACAUUAAGUAUCGUGAUAAAAUGAGGUUAAUUCAAUUUCUUAUGGCACUUACUGAUGAUUUUGAACCAUGCAGAGCCUCUUUAUUGCAUCAGUCUCUUUUACCUAUCUUGGAUAGUGCUCUCUCACGAUUAUUAUCUAAUGAAACUCGUUUAGGCUCACUUAAGCCUAAACGAGAUACUACUGUGGCUGCAACUAUCAACAAGUUUCCUUCGACUGCUACCAAUGGGGAUACCUUAGUCCAUCCUUCGAUUGGUAAUCUAGAAACCCUUCUUAGACAGAUGGUAUCAUCUUCCUCUACAUCUAUUGCCUUGCCUACCAUCCCAGGUAAAGUUUCUUGGAUUUUUUACUCGGGUUGUUGUAAUCAUAUGACCUCAAACUCUACACUUUUUUCUACAUUAAUUGCUAAUACCACCGCACCUCUUAUCCAUACUGCUGAUGUUUCACAAAUGCAAAAUCCACAGGCAGGACAAAUUCUUGGGAUAGGCCAUAAAGUUGGACGUUUGUUUGAGCUCACCUUCUUGCACAUCCCUUCUAGUUACGUUUCCCAGUUGUGUGCCGUCUCAACAUCUUCCUCCUUGCACUUGUGGCAUCUUCGUCUUGGUCAUGCCUCUAUUAGUAAACUUCGUCCUUUAAUUCAAAAUGGGUCUUUAGGUGUCUUCUUCUCAUCAACCUUCUAUCUUCAAUUCUUCACUAAUCCAUCCCUUGAGUUAUUUCCUAAUGAUGAUGCAGGGUCUCCUAAUGAGCUUUCAAAUGAUCAAACUUCCACGGUUCCUGUUUCAAAAGAUGUCUCUUCUGUGGAUAUUGCACUUGGAACAAAUGAGAUUGAAAAUCCACCAGUUACUUCCUCUUCUAGUCAUUAUACGCAGUCCUGCAAGGAAGCUUCUUUAGAUCCUUUAUGGCAGCAAGUUAUGAAAGAGGAAUUACAAGCUUUGGAAAAGACAGGUACUUGGGACUUGGUUGAUCUUCCUACUGAUAAGACUCUUGUUGGAUGCAAGUGGGUAUACAAGAUCAAAACUCAUUCUGAUGGAUCUGUGGAGUGCUAUAAGACACGUCUGGUGGCAAAGGGUUUUACGAAGGAAUAUGGCAUUAACUAUGAGGAGACCUUUGCUCUUAUUGCUCGUCUUACCACAGUACAUAUUUUACUAGCUAUUGCUGCUAUAUGUAAAUGGAAGCUGUUUCAGAUGGAUGUGAAGAAUGCCUUUCUUAAUGGUGAUUUGGAAUACAAGGUUUAUAUGAAAUCACCUCCUGGACUUACUCCUCCUUCGAAUAAGGGAAUGGUUCUCUUACUCAUAUAUGUUGAUGAUAUGAUUAUCACUAGAGAUGAUGUUUCAGGGAUUGAUGAGCUUAAGCAAUUUCUUAGCCACAAAUUUGAGAUGAAAGACCUUGGCUCUUUGAGUUAUUUUUUGGGACUUGAAGUUACAUCCUCAGAUGCUGGUUAUCUUCUUUCUCAAAUGAAAUAUGCAUCAGAUCUCAUAUCUAAAAUCGAUCUCACUGAUAGUAAGAAUGUCUCCACACCUCUUGAACCGAAUGUUAAGCUCACACCAUUAGAUGGUUCUCCACUCCCUGACCCUACUCGUUAUCGGCAAUUGGUUGGUAGUUUUACUAUGACACACCCAGACAUAGCAUAUGCAGUUCAUGUUGUUAGUUAGUUUAUGGCUGCUCCUCGCUCCACUUAUUAUGUCGUUGUACUUCGUAUUAUUCACUAUGUUAAAGGAACACUAUUUCAUGGACUUCACUUCUCAGCUCAUUCCUCCCUUGUCCUUCAUGCAUAUUCAGACGCUGAUUGGGCUGGUGAUCUUACAGAUCGAAGAUCCACUAUUGGCUAUUGUCUCUUUCUUGGUAACUCUCUUAUUUCAUGGCAUAGUAAGAAACAAGCUAUUCCAUC